UAUGGUUUAUACCUCACACACAGCUUCUAACGAUUUCCCUAAUCUUAAAUCCCUACGCACUCUUGUUUCAGCAAUGGCUACUGUUGCAGCAACCACAUCAACCGCCGUUGGAUCCACAUCCACUACCAUGGGACCAUUGGUUGGUACCCAAGCGGCUCAAGCAGUUGCUAACCAUGCUGAAAAACCAGAGAAGUUUACUGGUUUGAACUUUAAGAGAUGGCAACAAAAGAUGUUGUUCUAUCUGACCACUCUAAACCUUGCGAGGUUUUUGACAGAGUCUCCUCCUGUUCUCGCAGAAGGGACAUCCGAUGUCCAAUCUGUGAAUGCUAUUGAUGCUUGGAAACACUCUGAGUACUUAUGCCGCAACUAUGUGUUGAAUGGCCUAUCAGACGCCCUGUAUAACGUGUAUCUCAAGGUUCCAACUGCCAAAGAGUUAUGGGAGUCAUUGGAACGGAAAUACAAGACUGAGGAUGCGGGUACUAAAAAGUAUGUUGUGGCUAGGUUUUUGGACUAUAAAAUGAUUGAUUCAAAAACAGUGAUGAGUCAACUUCCAAGAACUGCAGAUUAUUCUUAG